UGUAGUCAAAGAACAACUUUUAGAAGUUAGAACAUUUAGAACAAAACGUUAUAAUUUGCAAGAAUGACGACGUUCUUUACACAGGCAAAAUAUAGGUUUCUACCUAUCCAAGACGACAAGAGAAUUGAGACAUGGCCAUUCCUUCAGGCAUGUCAAGAAAUUGUUCCUUUCUUUGAUAUUCUUGGACCCACAGCAUUUGCUCCAGUCAAAUCUGAUAUCAAUGGCAAUAUCGAGAAACUUACAAAAAAAUACAAGGAAGACCAGGAGAAAUAUAAGGUUCUACAAGAUAUAGUUCAAAGUGAGAUUGAUUCUGGCACUACAAAGGCGAAGAAUUCCGCAACCGACGCACUUCUUUGGUUGAAGAGGGCGUUGUCCUUCAUUCUGGUGUUUCUUCAGGAGGUUCUGACUGGUGAGCAGGAUCUCACAAAGUGCGCUAAAGCAGCCUACGAGGGAACUCUAAAGAAAUAUCAUGGCUGGAUGGUUCAGAGCAUUUUCUCAUUGGCGAUGAAAGCCGUUCCAUAUCGGAAAGAUUUCAUUCAGAAACUAGGAAAUGGUCAAGAUGAAAGUGUCGUCCUGGCCGAAAUGGGAGAUUUCGUGAACGAAUUGAAGAACACUUUCGACGUAAUAACCGAGUUUUGA